AUGGAGAACCAAAUCUCUGUGACUGAAUUCCCUCUCCUGGGUCUCUCCAGUAGCUCAGAAGUGCAGCUUCUACUGUUUGGGCUGUUUACUGUCAUCUACACCCUUGCUCUGGUGGGAAGUAUGAUCAUACUGGUACUAACCUGGCUGGACUGCCAGCUCCACGCACUUACGUAUUUCUUCUUGAAACACUUCUCAUUUGUAGAUAUCUGCUACAUAUCUAGCACUGUCCCUAAAAUGCUGCCCAACCUCUCGAAUCCUAAGAGAAUUAUUUCUGUUGCUGGGUGUAGUUUUCAAAUGAACCUCUUUCUGGCCUUAGGCAUUACUGAAUGUAUUUUAUUAGCAGUCAUGGCAUAUGCAGCAAUAUGUCAUCCACUGUCCUACACUCUGAACAUGAAUCAUAAAAUUUGCAUAGGGCUGGCAACAGCAGCUUGGAUAUGUGGCUUUCUUCUUGCUAUGAUCCAUACUGUUUAGAUCUUGCAGGUGCCGUUCUGUGGCCCAAAUGUGAUUAAUCACUUCUACUGUGAUAUCCUGGCACUCCUUAAACUCAUUUGUGCUGACACCCACAUGAAUGAAAUUACUGUGUUUGUUAUUGGCAUUCUUAUUCUUCUUUGCCCUUUUUGCUUGAUCCUGAUCUCCUACAUCCAAAUUCUUGUGGCCAUCUGA